AAGGCCCGUGAUCCUCUGGCCAUCAACAGGAAGGCCACCAUUGUCCUGGAGCAUCUCAUGCAAGCUUCCGAUGUGUCUCACACAAUGCAGCACUGGGUUGUUUUCCGAAAGUGGAAUGAGCGCUUGUUCAAUGAGAUGUACCAGGCCUUUGUGGACGGCCGCAGUGACAGGGAUCCAUCCAAGGGUUGGUAUCAGGGAGAAUUGGGAUUCUUUGACUACUACAUCAUUCCUCUUGCGAAGAAGCUUGAGACAUGUGGAGUCUUUGGGGUUUCAAGCCAUGAGUAUUUGAGUUAUGCUCAGGCAAACAGAAGGGAGUGGGAGGCCAAGGGUGAACAGCUAGUGAAGGACUAUCUCUGGAGGUUUCACAACUCCAAGACGAAUGAAUGUGCUCAUGCAGAAUGUCAGGACAAGAAGGCAUAG